CCACGGAGAUAUCAAUCCUCCUCCCCAGCGUCCAAACCAGACCCCUCAACAAAAGCCUCCUCCCCACCACUCAAUGCACAAACAGCUGCCUCAGCCUCGGGCGCUCCGGUCGUCCCGACGCCGACCGCCGCACAGACGGGCUCGCGAUCGCUGCUUCAAAUCAUCCAGGCUGGCCCUGUGGGAAGAGUGGCGCGAGCGUACUCGCGGGUCCAGGAGCGCCGGCCGUAUGCGACGCAGCUGUGGAGCUCGGUUAUCAUCUAUCUCUGCGGCGAUCUGAGUGCACAAUUACUGUUUCCCGCGGAUCCGGCCCCGGCGACGGCGACGGCACAGUCUUUGGAGGGAGACAAGGAAGCAGGGAAAGCUGCGGCGGGUAGCGAAGAAAAGAAGGAAGAGAGGACUGGUGGAGGAUAUGAUCCGCUGAGAACGCUGCGACAUCUGACGGUCGGGGUGGGAUCGAGUAUCCCGACGUUCAAAUGGUUCAUGUUCCUCCACAACAACUUCAACUACUCGUCCAAAUUCCUCUCGAUCUUGACCAAGGUCUGCGUGCAGCAGGCGGUUUUCACCCCGGUCUUCAAUACCUACUUCUUCAGUCUCCAGUCUCUGUUGACGGGCAAGUCGUUGGAGGAGACCUUUGAACGGCUGAAGCUGGCGCUGCCAGUCAGUAUCUCGAACAGCGUGAAGCUGUGGCCGGCUGUCACGGCAUUCAGCUUCAUGUACGUGUCGCCCCAGUUCCGCAGCAUCUUCUCGGGUGUUAUUGCGGUGGGAUGGCAGACGUAUCUGAGCUGGUUGAACCAGAAGGCGGCGCGGGAGGUCGAGGCA